AUGUUAUUUCAAAGAAGUUUCCUUGUGAUACCUCUUAUCCCUUUCCUAGCCUCAGCGGCCACUGCAUCUAGUACCAACACGACUACCGCUACACCCAGUAUCAACACUACCGCCAUUUCUUCAACCAGCUCCAGCACUACGAGCACAUCCGAAGCAACCGAUACCAACAACACUAGAUCGGUAAGAUUACAAUUGAAUUACAAUACAACCAAGUGCCUAUCGGCAAUAAUGGAUUCGGAAGGGUACGCUCAACCUGAACUGACAUUCGUGCAAAAUUGUACAUACUCUACUGUAUGGGUUGUACCGUCCAAUUUUGAGGAACAGCCUGGAGAAGUAGUCUGUGGAGAAUGUAAUGAUCUGCCGAUAUUGGAUGGUGGGAAAUAUGGGAAUCAAACUAAUGCGACUGUCUUGGCUAUGCCUGAUGAACAACGUUUGGGGCAGAAAUGGAUGAUGGAUGCAGAUCAUCGAAUAUCCCUUCGACCACCUACCGAUCCCACCAAAGCUACAUUGUGCCUCGGCGAGACUAUCGAUGAUAAAGGUGGAUCAAAGAUCAAUCAGAUUUGGAAUCUGAUUGAUGUGGAAGAACAUGAAUGA